AUGGGUCUCUCCAAGCUUCUGCUUGUUUUCUCCCUUCUUCUUCUUCUUUUCUCAAGUUUUACAGAAGCCAAUGGUUUGAAGGUUGGAUUCUACGCAAAAAGUUGCCCAAAGGCUGAAGCCAUUGUCUCUAAGGAGAUGAAGAGAGUCAUGAAGCUUGCUCCAAGCUUGGCAGGGCCAUUGCUGAGGAUGCAUUUCCAUGAUUGUUUUGUCAAUGGAUGUGAUGGCUCAGUUCUGUUGAAUGGAACAAGAAGCAGCCCAGCAGAGAAAGAUGGGAUACCAAACGUUAGCUUGAGAGGAUUUGGCACCAUUGAUGGCAUCAAAGAGAAGCUGGAGGAGGCUUGCCCCGGGAUCGUAUCUUGUGCUGAUAUCUUGGCCUUAGUGGCUAGAGAUGCUGUUGUUCUGACCAAUGGACCAUUUUGGGAAGUGCCCACUGGACGGAGAGAUGGCAGGCGAUCUGUAGCCAUAGACACCCUCCGGAAUCUUCCUCCACCAUUCUUUAACUUCACUCAAAUUCUUAAUGGCUUCUUCGCUCCAAAAGGGUUGAAUGCAAAGGACAUCAUUGUUCUUUCAGGGGGCCACACCAUUGGCACCUCACACUGCUCAUCCUUCUCGAAUCGUCUGUACAACUUCACCGGUAAGGGCGAUGCUGAUCCCUCCUUGGACAAGUACUACUUACCCAAGCUCAAGGAGAAAUGCAAGCCUGAUGAUGUGACCACCAUAGUAGAAAUGGAUCCUGGUAGCUUCAAGACAUUUGAUGCAAGUUACUACAAGAAUGUGCUAAAGAGGAGGGUUCUCUUCACUUCUGAUCAGUCUCUUCUUGAGCACAGUGAGGCUAGAGCCUAUCUUCAGCGCCAGAUAUAUGGCUCACCAUCAGAGUUCUUUAAGGAUUUUGGUGUGUCAAUGGUGAAGAUGGGGAAUAUUCAAGUGUUAACAGGAAAUGAAGGUGAGAUCAGGAAGAAGUGUGCUAUUGUGAAUUAG